CAAUUCUCCACUCCUCGCACUCGCUUGUUUUCUUGUCGCACAACAAGCGAGAGCGAGAAGAGUCUAAGAAGACUUUCUUGAAUAACUGUGGGAUUGAAGAUCAAUAACAUACGAGAAAGCUGCUUUAACAUGAGCCAUACGUGCGAGUCAAAGCUUGGCCAUCCUACCAUCAGGCCUAGAGUUCGGAAGGCCAACAGCAAGCAAGGGUUGUGGCUGCACUGCGCCGCAGCGGGAGGCCUCCACAUCCAACGAAUCUCAACCUUAAUCCGCACGAGUUUUGACGUACUUUCAGAGCCAUGGGGCUUUCUGAUUGCGCGUUUGCUUUCGCAUCCAAGACAUCUGUACCGUGCUGUGGCUUCUAAGCAUGUUCUCUCAUUCGAUGCAUCUGACGGGAACACACCUGCUAGGGAACAAUACUUAGCAUCGUACUGUAAUCCCUUGCAGCAAAUUUAGCGACGCAGGCUCCACUUGGGUAUGCGACUGCGGAAAUCCUAAUUCAUUAUGAGUCGUCAUGAUACCGUCCUCUUGGUAUUGCUAUCGUCCGUAAAAUCCUUCCCAACGUGCAUCGAUGGUCGAUUGUUCUCCCGACGUUGCACGGAGGCUGCUGCAGCUCGUGUCGGGAGCCUUGAUUGGGCGUGUGACGAAGGCAGCCAAGCAUUCCUGCUCCUGGUAUAUGUACUUCCAAUUUCCUUGUCUUUUCGAAAACCUAAUUCAUUGAAGUUCAAGAUUACGAACAACGGCUUUGGUCUUUUGAAUAUGGCUUCGACAUCAGAAAAUUUAGAGCAAUCGUCUUCGGGUAUCACGAUGACUUCCAAAUCUCAUGAUCAAGUUUCGUCGACACCUUCAAACUCGCCAACACGAAAAGCUGGCAAGUUCGUGACGGCAGUGAGGAAGGUAUAUCGACCACUAGGAUUUCAGAAAGGAUACAACUUUCCUCUAUGUAAGUCCUCGCCCCAACAAACUAUUCAGAUGCUAACGAAAUCAGUCAUCAUAUUUGGAGGGGCCAUGCUCGGCUUCACACUUGCCCGGUUCUCCUACCUCAACAUCGGCGGCUCUUCAUCCAGCAGUUUCAAAAACGGCUCCGCCCCAGGAGAAUGGUACAACUACCGCUCCUCCCACUACAGGAUCGGCAUCACCCUCCACCUCGUCACCAUCAUCCCUGCCGGCUUCCUCGCCGUCUUCCAAUUCAUCCCCGUCAUCAGGCACAAACUCCUCCUCUUCCACCGUCUCAAUGGCUACCUUCUCCUACUCCUCUCCCUACUCGGCAACAUCGGCGCUCUUAUGAUCGCUCGACGUGCUUUCGGUGGUGGUCUAGACGUCCAGUCUGCUGUGGGCCUGCUUGCGAUUAUUACCGAGGUCUCGCUUGCUAUGGCGUAUGUCAAUAUCAAGCGUUUGCAGAUCGAUCAGCACCGCGCGUGGAUGCUGAGAGCUUGGUUCUACUUUGGUGUUAUCAUCACGACUCGGAUCAUCAUGAUCCUCGCCGCGUUGGUUAUCUCCUCGCAAAACAACUACAGCGCUACUCGCCCCUGCGGCGAAAUCGCAUACAUCGUCUCCGGCUCCUCAGACCUCGAGAACCAACCGCCUGAUUUCACACAGAGAUACCCUCAGUGUAUUCCUGGGAGUGAUACGCUGCCUGUUGCGCUUAAGGCGAGUAUGACGGAUGGGGAUGCGGAGAACGUCGGGGUUGCGCUGGGGAUGGGGUUUGGGAUGGCGUUGUGGUUGGCGUUGUUUUUGCAUGGGGUUGGGGUAGAGGUUUAUUUGAAUUUGACGCCCAGGGAGGGGGAGAGGUUGAGGAUGGUUAGUUAUGAGAGGCAGCUUGAGAGGGGGGUGAAGAAUCCGGGGAGUGCGGGGUUUGUGCUUGAGAGGUUUGGGGAUGCGAGGGAGUGGGUGCCUACUAGGGAGGGGGUUGAGAAGUGAGUGGUGGCAAGAUUGUCUAUGAAAAGUGUCCUGUUAAACUUUGAGAGAUUAGGAUGUUGUUGAGGCAUGGUGUUAAGGAUCUUGCUUGGUCCGUUAGGCGUUUCGGGCUCAUGAAUUUAGACCUUUCCUCUUAUAAAUAAUAUUUGCAUGCAUAUACGAUGAC